ACCGAAAGGUUUACCAAUUAAUAGGCCCAACAACCCGUUUCCUCACACAACAAGAAAACUCCGUUUUUUCCACGUUUCCCCCGUUGCGCCGUUAGCCAGCCACCGCUAUAUUUAGGUCUCAGGCCACCAAUUAACACACAAACAACAAAAAAUCACACAAUCAAAUCAAUUCCCUUCAAAACGACGGUCCACGCGACCUGAAACGACGGCCAGUAGAACAAAGCGAAAUUUAGAGAAUUGAUGAGAAAAUGCUUACAGAAGCUUCAACAAGAAGCUUCACAUUUACUACCGUUAAAUUUAUUCACCGUCUGCGCAUUUUAGCUGCAUCCGCCGCUUCUCGCUGCUCUCCGUCACCAUGUCCAGAUUUUUGAUGUUUCGGAAUAUUAAGGAAGUUGGAAGAUUAAUUAACUCUAAUCGCGGACAGAGCAAAUUAGAAUUAAGGAAAUAUGCGACGUUAGAUAAUGCAAUUGGCUUAUUUUCGCAUCAAGUCAGAUCCUAUAGUUCCCGAUAUAGGUGUCCUUAUAGAGGAGGAAGAUAUUCGACAUUAUAUGGAUGCUAUGGAAUUAAGGAACAUUUUCGCAAGAGCUGUGUUCCGUCUUCUAGGAACUAUUCGGUUUCAUCAGCUAGUAAUGCGGCGACACACCAAGCUCAACUUGCUUUUAAAAGGUUUCUUAGAAAAGGUUCUGUCAGUGUCAGUGAUCAUUCUUUACCUCGUGUAAGUAAGAUUGCUCAAGCUGUUAGCUUGGCUUUGACUCGCUCGCACCUGUUAGUACCUGGUGUUUUUGCAUUGACAUGUGGCCAGGUGGCAUGGGCGCAGAGGGCGUCGGAAACAGAGGUUUAUCCGUCACAGAAUUCUUUGUAUAUGCGUGCUCAAGAUGGACAUGCUUUCGUUACUGCAUUACUGCUUGGUGCUGUAGAAGGUUUUGUUUUGCUAGCACGAUCUUUGUAUUUGGCAGUCCUGUUUUCUCCUAGUUUGGUAAUGGCACCAUUUUUGGACUUUUGUGGACCACAAUAUAGGAAAAUGUGGCUUCAUAUUGUUCUCCGCACUCUGGAACAAGCAGGUCCAGCAUUCAUAAAAUGGGGUCAGUGGGCAGCUACACGGCCAGAUCUCUUCCCCAGAGAUUUAUGCAUGAAGCUUUCAGAACUGCACAGUAAAGCCCCCGAACAUAGUUUUAAUUACACUAGGAAAUCUAUUGAAAGAGCUUUUGGUCGCAAGCUUUCUGAAAUUUUUGAGAGUUUUGAAGAAAAGCCUGUUGCAUCUGGGAGUAUUGCUCAAGUACAUCGAGCCUCUUUGAGAUUUAGAUAUCCAGGGCAAAAACAGAAAAAUCCUAUGGUGGUCGCUGUAAAAGUUAGACAUCCUGGUGUUGGUGAAUCAAUUAGGAGAGACUUUGAGAUAAUCAACUUGGUAGCCAAAAUUUCAAACUUUAUUCCAACUUUGAAUUGGUUGAGAUUGGACGAGAGUGUGCAGCAGUUUGCGGUUUUUAUGAUGUCUCAAGUUGAUCUUGCUAGGGAAGCUGCUCAUUUAAGUCGCUUUAUUUAUAAUUUCCGAAGAUGGAAGGAUGUUUCUUUUCCAAAGCCUGUAUACCCGCUUGUGCACCCUGCUGUUUUAGUAGAAACGUAUGAGCAAGGGGAAAGCGUCUCACACUUUGUUGACGAACUUGAAGGACAUGAUCGAAUUAAAAGUGCGCUUGCUCAUAUUGGCACUCAUGCACUUUUGAAAAUGCUUUUGGUGGACAACUUUAUUCAUGCUGACAUGCAUCCAGGAAAUAUUCUCGUACGGACUUCUCAAAACAGUUCUAGAAAAGGUUUCUUUAAAUCAAAGCCCCAUGUCAUUUUUCUUGAUGUAGGCAUGACUGCGGAGCUUUCCAAGAGUGACCGAGUAAAUUUAAUUGAAUUCUUUAAAGCGGUUGCCCUCCGAGAUGGCCGCACUGCAGCAGAAUGCACGCUAAGAUUAUCAAAACAGCAAAAUUGCCCAAAUCCUAAAGCUUACAUUGAGGAAGUGGAAGAUGCAUUCACUUUUUGGGGUACUGCAGAGGGUGAUCUAGUUCAUCCCGCUGAGUGUAUGCAAGAAUUACUGGAGAAAGUCAGGCGCCAUAAAGUUAAUAUUGACGGAAAUGUUUGCACUGUGAUGGUGACAACUUUAGUUCUUGAGGGGUGGCAGAGAAAACUGGAUCCUGGAUACAAUGUAAUGCAAACGUUACAAACUCUAUUACUCCGAGCCGACUGGGCGAAAUCUCUUUCCUAUACAAUAGAUGGGUUGAUGGCACCAUGAGAUAUGACUUAUUUUGAUGUUCUUUGAUAAAAUUUUGAUAGUGCUAAGAAUUAAAACUAUACCAGUUCCCAGAAAUAACAAAGGGAGUUUUUGUCCUCUUGGAAUUUUAAGCGGUUUUUUUCUGUGCAAUUUUUUCUCUGAUGAACAAUUUGUUUUUUCUCACCUCCACUUGGAAAUACUGUAAACCCAUAAAUUAAAAAAUCUGCAAAUAUUAGCUGUGUUA